AUUCCAUCGGGAACUCUUCACCGAACCCGUAACCGAGGUGCGCCUUCGCAAGGAGGAAGCAGCGUGGGCACAGGCCGAGACAAUUGAAGAACACAAGACCCUAACCUUUUGGCUCCAGCUAUCCGUUGGCGCCGGAGAUCAUUCGGAGGACGCGGAAGGUAGGGCUUAUCACCAUCC